AUGGCAGGAGAUGAUUCUUCAGAAUCUCUUAAUGCUUACCAAGAUCCACUCUUUGUGGCAAAUUCUGACAAUCAUUCAAUUCCAUUAACACCUAUGUUGUUUAAUGGGAGUAACUUCAUGAUAUGGAGUAGAUAUGUCAAGAUGGCUUUGGGUGCAAAGAACAAAAAGGGCUUUAUUGAAGGGAAGGUCAGUAAGCCGAAUCCAGGACACGAGGAUUACAAUAGAUGGGAAAGAGAAGAUUAUAUGGUGAGGUGCUGGAUAUUUAGGUCAAUGACAGAUGAUGUUGCUGGAGGGCUCAGUCUUGUUCAAACUGCAAAGGAGCUCUGGGAUGAGUUGGUUGAGAGAUACUCGGAAAGCAACAUACCACUUCUCUUUCAAUUGAAAAAGGAGCUGGGAAAACUUGAACAAGAAAGGGAUAGAGUGAUGAGUUUCCUUAUGGGUAUCAAGAAAGAUUACCAGAAUGUUAAGGAGAACAUUCUUGGUACAGAACCUCUUCCUACUGUCAACAAAGCUUUUCAUUUGGUGUUGCAAGCUGAAAAGAAGAAGAAGAUUACUGGAGAAAUUCAAGGAAAUGUUGAAAUGAGUGCUUUCCAAGCCUCAAGACACUCUCAAGGUGGAAAACAAAACUCUGGAAAUUUUCAGAAGAAAAAUUUCAAGGAGUUCAAGAAAAUGAAGCAAGAGCUUAAGUGUGAUCAUUGUGGAAUGAGGGGACACAUAAAAGAAGGUUGCUUUGAGUUGAUUGGAUACCCACCUUGGUACUAA